AUGGCCGGCACAGUCAAUCAGGCGUCCGCUAACUCAGUUCUCUCACAUCCUGCCGGAGAGGCCGCCCCGGAUGGCACAGGCAUCAUACAACUCGAUCCCUGGCUAGGAGACUUCCGGGACGCCCUCAAAUCACGAUUCGCAAAGGCCCAGCACUGGAUCGAUGUCAUCAACAAGACCGAAGGCGGCCUCGAGAAGUUCUCGAGAGGCUACGAGCAGAUGGGCUUCAUAGUGCUACCGAACGGUGACAUACGGUAUCGAGAGUGGGCUCCCAACGCCAGGGAGGCCUCCCUGAUAGGCGACUUCAACGGCUGGGAUCGCGGUGCAACGCCCAUGAAGAGGAACGAUUUCGGCGUUUGGGAGGUCAUUCUGCCAGCCAACACGAUCCCCCACAACUCCAAGCUCAAGAUCUCCAUGGUCACACAGUCCGGAGAGCGCAUUGAGCGUCUACCAGCCUGGAUCAAGUAUGUCACACAAGACCUCAGCGUCUCGCCAGUGUACGAUGGCCGCUUUUGGAACCCUCCCGAGAGCGAACGAUACAAGUUCAAGAACCCACGACCUCCAUACCCACACAGCGUCCGCAUCUACGAGGCCCACGUCGGCAUUUCAUCACCAGAGCCUAAAGUGGCCUCCUACAAAGAGUUCACCCACAACAUGCUACCCAGGAUAAAACAUCUCGGCUACAACGUGAUUCAGCUCAUGGCUGUCAUGGAACACGCCUACUAUGCCAGCUUCGGCUACCAGAUCAACAACUUCUUUGCCGCGAGCUCAAGAUAUGGCACCCCGGAAGACCUCAAGGAGCUGAUCGACGCAGCCCACGGACUCGGCAUCACCGUUCUGCUCGAUGUGGUACACUCCCACGCUAGCAAGAACACUCUCGAUGGCCUCAACAUGUUCGACGGCCGCCACGAGCUGUGGGACUCACGCCUGUUCAAUUAUGGCAACCACGAAGUUCUGCGCUUCCUGCUCUCGAAUCUGCGCUUCUGGAUGGAGGAGUACAAGUUCGACGGUUUCCGCUUCGAUGGCGUGAGUAGUAUGCUCUACCACCACCACGGCAUUGGCACAGGCUUCUCUGGAGGCUAUCACGAGUACUUUGGCCCCUCAGUGGACGAAGACAGCGUCGUAUACCUCAUGCUCGCCAACGAGAUGCUCCACGACCUCUACCCAAAUGCCAUCACAAUCGCCGAGGACGUUUCUGGCAUGCCAGGCUUAUGCGUCAGGCUAUCAUUAGGUGGCGUUGGCUUCGACUACCGCCUUGCCAUGGCCGUACCCGACAUGUACAUCAAGCUCCUCAAGGAAAAGUCCGACGACGAGUGGGACAUCGGCAACCUUGCUUUUACCCUCACCAACCGCCGCUACGGCGAAAAGACCAUCGCCUACGCAGAAUCCCAUGAUCAAGCCCUUGUCGGCGACAAAACCCUCAUGUUUUGGAUGGCCGAUGCCCAGAUGUACACCAACAUGUCCACCCUCACAGAGCUCACCCCAGUCAUCGAGCGUGCCAUGUCCCUACACAAGAUGAUACGUCUUGUCACACACGCCCUGGGCGGCGAAGGCUACCUCAACUUUGAAGGUAAUGAGUUCGGUCAUCCCGAGUGGCUCGACUUCCCUCGCGAGGGCAACAAUAACUCUUUUCAAUACGCUCGUCGUCAACUCAACCUCACAGAGGACUCCCUGCUGCGUUACCAAUACCUCAAUGAGUUCGAUCGCGCUAUGCAGCUGGCUGAAGAGAAGUAUGGCUGGUUGCACAGUCCGCAAGCUUACAUCUCACUGAAGAACGAGAACGACAAAGUCCUGGUGUUUGAACGCGCUGGUCUACUCUGGAUCUUCAAUUUCCACCCAACACAGUCCUUCGCGGACUACAGAGUCGGUGUGGAGCAACAAGGGACCUACAAGAUCGUGCUAGAUACCGACUGGAAGGAGUUUGGUGGGUUUGACAGGAAUGCGAGAGAUACGAGGUUCUUUACGCAGGAUUUGCCCUGGAACGGGAGACGGAACUGCACGCACGUAUAUAUUCCGACGCGUACGGCGUUGGUUUUGGCGCUGGAGUAG